UCUACUUACAUUAUGGUCUCGGGGUAUCGGGGGGCUGAGGCAGAAACGUUCUAGACAACAGUCUCGUGUAACAAGAAGUGUUUUAAAUAAGGGGGGGUAUCUUGAAACUCCUCAUUCCGGUCGAUUACAGUAAUGGCAACUCCAAAAGUAUGGGCGAAAAUACAACCUCUGGAGAGUCCUGUUAAUUUAUUGGAUAUCACGACGGAACAAUUGGCAGCGAGCAUGCAGGAGAGGGAACUGAAGAAAUGUUUUGAUGAGGAUAACGUGAAUGUAAUGGAUAAGACGAUGGGAGAAACGUAUGAUGCAAGUGAUACUGGCAACGAUGAAGUCAUAGCAUAUUUGUUACAAACUCAAUUUAAUCGCGAGUACGACACGAUGUUGAAGCGCACAGAAGAGAAGUUCAAUCGUGACUCAAAAGUGAGCAUCUCAUUCAGUAAUUACCGCAGCUCUUUGUACAAUAUCAAGGAUGAAGAUAAUGCAGAUUGUAACGUAGACGACAGUAACAGGGAUAUUGAUCGGUUUGUCAGCAUAGAAAAAGAAUAUGCUUCGAUACCACGUUGCGGUUACAAAAAGAUGGGAAAAGAUUCUAGGAUUGUUACGAAGCAUGACAUCUUAAUGUCUUCCAGGAUUAACGCUUGCCGAUUAUUACAAUUCCCACCGGGAAUUCAUACGGGAGACACGGGUGGUUUUGAUGUCAAACUGAAUAACAAAGUAUAUAACUCUUUGCUCACUCACAGUCGUGCGCAAUACUCCAAGGAAAGGGCAAAAGUCUCGCCAAAAUCAAAAACUCAUUCGAAAUAGAAUGUCAACACCUGACAGUUUUCUUCCUAAAGCAGUAUUCUGUACUUCGUUAAUGCGUGAGGUAUAUUUCCCUUGGUAUCUUGUUUCACUAAAAUCAUGUUAAUAAAUCAAUUUUAAAUUAUUAUUUGAAAAUUAUUUCGUGUAAUCAUGUAAUUAAAUAAUAUCAAUUUCCUACUUUAGUAAUAGGCAACAUUUAUCAAUGACUCAUAAUCGCUAACAAUGUACAGAAUAUCUGUGUUCAUAAUCUGCAAUUGUUAUAUUUAUGCCCACUUACUGUAAAUACGUCAGGAUACUUGCAUAACAUGAUGAAAUGAUGAGUUUGUACAUAAUUCAGUUAAAUGUACAUUAAAAAAUUAAAAAAAAAUAAAUCUUGCAACUGG